ACAGUCAGACGGAACAUCAAGUACAUCAUUCAGUACAUCAUUCAGCACAUCAUUCAGUACAUCAUUCAGUACAUCAUCCAGUACAUCAUUCAGUACAUCAUUCAGCACAUCAUUCAGUACAACAUCCAGUACAUCAUUCAGUACAUCAUUCAGUACAACAUUCAGUACAUCAUCCAGUACAACAUCCAGUACAUCAUUCAGUACAUCAUUCAGUACAUCAUUCAGUACAUCAUCCAGUACAUCAUCCAGUACAUCAUUCAAUACAUCAUUCAGUACAUCAUUCAGUACAUCAUUCAGUACAUCAUUCAGUACAACAUUCAGUACAUCAUCCAGUACAUCAUUCAAUACAUCAUUCAGUACAUCAUUCAGUACAUCAUUCAGUACAUCAUUCAGCACAUCAUUCAGUACAACAUCCAGUACAUCAUUCAGUACAUCAUCCAGUACAUCAUUCAGUACAUCAUUCAGUACAUCAUCCAGUACAUCAUCCAGUACAUCAUUCAAUACAUCAUUCAGUACAUCAUUCAGUACAUCAUUCAGUACAUCAUUCAGCACAUCAUUCAGUACAACAUCCAGUACAUCAUUCAGUACAUCAUCCAGUACAUCAUUCAGUACUUCAUUCAGUACAUCAUUCAGUACAUCAUUCAGUACAUCAUUCACAUCAUCCAGUACAACAUCCAGUACAUCAUUCAGUACAUCAUUCAGUACAUCAUUCAGUACAUCAUUCAGUACAACAUCAAGUACAUCAUCCAGUACAUCAUUCAGUACAUCAUUCAGUACAACAUUCAGUACAUCAUCCAGUACAUCAUUCAAUACAUCAUUCAGUACAUCAUUCAGUACAUCAUUCAGUACAUCAUUCAGCACAUCAUUCAGUACAACAUCCAGUACAUCAUUCAGUACAUCAUCCAGUACAUCAUUCAGUACAUCAUUCAGUACAUCAUCCAGUACAUCAUUCAGUACAUCAUCCAGUACAUCAUUCAGUACAUCAUUCAGUACAUCAUCCAGUACAUCAUUCAGUACAUCAUCCAGUACAUCAUUCAGUACAUCAUUCAGUACAUCAUCCAGUACAUCAUCCAGUACAUCAUUCAAUACAUCAUUCAGUACAUCAUUCAGUACAUCAUUCAGUACAUCAUUCAGCACAUCAUUCAGUAACAUCCAGUACAACAUUCAGUAAACAUCCAGUACAUCAUCCAGUACAUCAUUCAGUACAUCAUUCAGUACAACAUCCAGUACAUCAUUCAGCACAUCAUUCAGUACAUCAUUCAGUACAUCAUUCAGUACAUCAUUCAGUACAUCAUUCAGUACAUCCUCCUGCAUGUUUUUCAGCUGUUUAGUUUUCCUUGUGAUGUUGAGUCUGGUGAGGCUCCUGUGAUGAGUACAGUUGAGUGGCUGUUAGACGUACAGUAA